CUCUGCGCGCGCGUAAUCUCGGCUCAUCGAUCCUUUCCGGUGACAAUGCAUUUCUAGCGCUCCGCUCGAGGCCUCGAAAGUUGCACCCUUUACAGUUUUGAGGUUCACGGCAGAUCGAUGGCGGCGAUCGGCGGGGCGCAGCUGGAGCGGCGGAGCUCGGUGCGGCGAUCGCAGAGCAUGGUGCUGGAGGAGGACCGGGGCCCGCCUGCCGACGAGGAGCUCAUGAUCCGGAGCCAGGGGUCCAACGAGCCGGGCGGGCCGCUCAAGAUCGGCGCCGUGCUCGACAAGGACAGCGCCGCGCCCAAGUCGCGCCUCUCCAAGGACGACCACGGCGGGGCACAUUCCGAGAUGGAGCUGAUGAAGGAGAAGUUCGCCAAGCUGCUGCUCGGGGAGGACAUGUCGGGGUCCGGGAAAGGGGUGCCCUCCGCGCUCGCCCUCUCCAACGCCAUCACCAAUCUUGCAGCGUCUGUCUUUGGCGAGCAACGGAAGUUGGAGCCCAUGUCCCCAGACAGAAAGGCGAGGUGGAAGAAAGAAGUCGGCUGGCUUCUGUCCGUCGCCGAUCACAUCGUCGAGUUCGUCGCCAAGAAACAAGUCCUGGACAACGGGACUGAAAUGGAGGUGAUGGGGACGCAGCAACGACGGGAUCUCCAGGCAAACAUACCAGCACUGCGCAAGAUCGACACCAUGCUUCUCGACUACCUCGACAAUUUCAAAGAUCGCAACGAGUUCUGGUACGUGAAGCGCGACUCGUGCUCGGACAGUGAAAAGGAGGGAACACAAAGGUCAGAUGAGAAAUGGUGGAUACCGAUCGUCAAGGUGCCCCCGAACGGGCUGUCCCCGGCUUCGAGAGGCUGGCUCCAGCACCAGAAGGAGCUGGUGAACCAGGUACUCAAGGCGGCGAUGGCCAUCAACGCCAACUGCCUCAUGGAGAUGAAGAUCCCUGAAACAUAUCUAGAGGCACUCCCCAAGAACGGGAGAGCGAGCCUUGGGGACGCGCUGUACCGGAUCAUAACGGACGUGGAGUUCGACCCGGAUGUGUUCCUGUCGACGGUGGACCUGACGUCGGAGCACAAGAUCCUGGACCUCAAGGAUCGGAUCGAGGCGUCGGUGAUCAUCUGGAACAGGAAGGUGCACAACAAGGACGGCAAAUCGGCGUGGGGCUCCGCCGUCAGCCAGGAGAAGAGGGAGCAGUUCGAGGAGCGGGCGCAGACCCUGCUGCUCAUCAUCAAGCACAGGUUCCCCGGCAUUCCCCAGUCCACCCUCGACAUCGCAAAGAUACAAGAAAACAGGGACGUUGGGUUUGCACUCCUGGAGAGCUACUCCAGGGUCCUGGAGAGCUUGGCGUUCAACGUCAUGUCCCGGAUAGAGGACGUCAUCGACGCCGACAACCUCACCAGGGAGAAGGCCAAGAAGGACGCGCAGCCCACGCCGGCCCCGGCAGAGGAGGUCGCGGAACGCCAUGAUCCCCAGGCGGCGGGCGAGCAGGAAGAUCAAAGCAGGACCCUGCUGGACUUCAUGGGCUGGACCGGCGACGACAAAUCGCCUCUGCCGCCGCCCGACCCACCGGCACAGGACAACGGGAGGCUGAUGAAACCGCCCAACAUCAUGACGAACUUGAAGCAGACGUACAUGGACAAGCUGGACUUCCUCGGUGGGCACAAAAGCCCGACCGGUCGCCAUUAG